UUCAUGACCAGUCCAUCUUCAUUUCCUGAACAGAGAGUAGCUCAAGCUUUGGCUUCUAUUAUGCCACCACCACCAACAACAACAACAACAACAACAACAGGUUCUACUCAACCUGCCUUUGAUCUAACUCAUUUCUGGACUGAACAAAUGCAAGAAAUAGGUUCAAAUGAACCUGAUUUUAAGAAUCAUGCUCUUCCCCUUGCACGUAUUAAAAAAGUCAUGAAGACAGAUCAAGAUGUCAAGAUGAUCAGUGCAGAGGCACCUAUACUCUUUGCUAAAGGAUGUGAAAUGUUCAUCACUGAACUAACAAGACGAGCAUGGGUGCAUGCAGAAGAGAACAAGAGACGUACAUUACAAAGAUCAGAUGUGGCUACAGCUAUUUCCAAGACAGAUAUGUGUGAUUUUUUGAUUGACAUUGUCCCUAGAGAAGAAGCCAAUCGACAUCAAGUUGUAUAUGAAGAUAACAACAACAACAAUUAUUAUACUGCUUAUGGCCAAGUAAGUAGAUCCUAUUUAGUAUCGCACUCAUGUCUACUUAGGUUUAUUAUCCUUCAUUAACACCAGAACAAAUGCAACAAUAUCAAUUUCAAUUACAACAAUUGACUAAAGAAGAAUCAAAUAAUAAUGAAUAAAAAGAGGUCUA